AUGCGUGUGCGUGCGCGUGCGGUGACCCCGUUGGCUAGCCCAAGGGGGCGUGGACGCCCGGAUGUCCCGGGUCCCCAGUCCCGCAGCCGCGAGGAGCCCGUCGUGCCUGCCGUCUCCGCGAGUCGCAGCCGGUGGCGGUGUGUGGGAACGGUGCGGGUCGCCUCGCUCGGGAGCGUUUCCCUGGGGCGCGAGCACCGGGGGUCGGCCUUAGAUGAGGGCGGAUCUGGCGAGGACGGAAAGGUUGAGUUUGGGUGGAUGGGUCCCCCCGUGCCACGCGGGGGGACCGUCGCACGCGGGCCCUGGCGGCGGGACCGGGUCGUGGGAGGUCCCAGGGUGGCUGGGCCUGGCCGGCGUCUCAGGCGUCGUGGGACCGCCUUCGUGUGUGUGGCGGUGGGACCCCGCACUUGUUUUCCUGCUGGUCCGGUAGUGUCUCGGCCCUUCCUCUCCCUGGGCAGCGCCCCGCGCCCCUGCCCCGCGGCCCUGGCCGUGUGUGCGUGCCGCCACCUCCCCGUCGCCGCCGGCCCUCACCCGCCCCCACCCCUCCGCGCCCCCUUCCCCGUCUGGGACCGAGCCGGCCUCGCCCACAAGUAUAGGGAAGAGGUUACUCCCCAGCAUUCUCAGGUAUCCAAAGCAUACCUAAGAAGCUGGCAGUCCGUUGCUUAUUCUGUUGCCGCCACGCAGUCUAAGCACUUUGGGAGCCAGCACCCAAGUUGUAAGAUUACGAUCGUCCACCCAACCAUGGAAGAAUUUGAAGAUUUCAGCAAAUAUAUUGUUGCCAUGGAGUGGCAAGGUGCACACCGAGCUGGCCUAGCCAAGGUAAUUCCACCGAAAGGAUGGAAAGCCAGACAGAUGUACGAUGAUACCGAUGACAUCUUAAUAGCCACUCCCCUCCGGCAGGUGACCACUGGGCAGGCAGGUGUGUUUACUCAGCACCACAGAAAGAAGAAAGCCAUGACCGUGAGCGAAUAUCGCCGCUUAACAAACAGUGAAUGACACCAGACUGCAUUCUACUCUGAUUUUGAGGAUCUGGAGCGAAAACAUUGGAAAACAUGCCCCUAUGAUUCACCAGUAUACAGUGCGGACGUCCGUGGCUCCUUAUUCGAUGAAAACACGAAGCAGUGGAACCUCGGACACCUGGGAACCAUUCAGGACCUGCUGGAACAGGAGUGCGGAGUGGUCAUCGAAGGCGUCAACACCCCCUGCCUGUAUUUCGGCAUGUGGAAGACCGCCUUCGCCUGGCACACGGAGGACAUGGACCUUUACAGCAUCAACUACCUGCACUUCGGGGAGCCCAAGACUUGGUACGCGGUGCGCCCGGAGCACGACCGGUGCCUGGAACGCCUGGCCAGGGAGCUUUUCCCGGGCAGGUUGCGGGGCUGUGAGGCCUUCCUGUGGCACAAGGUGGCUCUCUUCUUGCCCAAGGUCCUCAAGGACAACGGCAUCCCCUUCGAUCGGAUCACUCAGGAGGCUGGAGAUUUCAUAGUGACGUUUCCCUAUGGCUACCACUCUGGCUACAACUGCGCGGAAGCCAUCAAUUUUGCCACCCAGCGCUGGAUCGAUUAUGGCAAAGUGGCCUGGGAAUAGGGCUCUGCAUGACCUUUGGAAAGAUCUUCGUCAGAAUAAGGGAGAUUUCAGGCUCACCUCAUGGAUUUGCUGUGACUUAGAGGAAAGGCCAGGCUUAUGAAACAGACGGACCUGGCUCAAAUCUGGCUCAGAACUCACUGAUUAUGC